AUGUCACCACUUAUCCUGUCAACACUCUUCGGGGGCAUCAUAUCGUGGCUUGUGUAUCAAAUUAUUCGAGCUCAUGCCUUGUACAAGUCAGAUCAGAAUUUCGGUGCCCAGCAUGGUUGUGGUCGGGCUCCGAGACUUCGAAAUUGGUGGCCGCUGGGGAUCGAUCGUCUGAUCCAAAUUUGGACUGCCGAUUAUGAACAAAGGCUGAUGGAUCUGUUUGAUUUCCAUUUUACGGAUGUUGGUACGACGUUAGAACAAAAGUUCUUGGGUACAAUAGCGUAUGGAACGACCGAGCCAAAGAAUUUAGAGGCCAUGAUGAGUUCUAAACUUGAUGAUUUCAACUUUGGACUUCGUCGUCAGAUUUUUUUCCCUCUGCUUGGAGACGGCAUUUUCACUCAGGAAGGAGCUUCCUGGAAGCAUUCUCGAGAUCUGCUUCGUCCACAGUUCGCAAAGCAGCAAUACCGAGAUAUGGACAUUUUCCGACCCCACGUCGACAACCUGCUUGAUCAUAUACACGCUAAUGAGGGCGAAAUCGAUCUUCAACCAUUGUUCUUUAAUCUCACCCUGGAUACGACCACGGAGCUUCUUUUUGGGAAGUCCGUUGGUAGCCUUAAAGAGGCUGAUAACUCACGAGGGGCAAAAUUCGCGAAUGAAUUUGACGUUGCUCAAAACUACGUUAUUCAGCGGUUUCGUCUGUUGGAUCUGUACUGGUUGAUUGGUGGUCGGAAAUUCCAACGCUCGUGUGCUGCUGUCCAUGAGUUUGUGGAUGGAAUAAUCGAGGAGCGAAGUCAAAAGCCAGAGGAAGACACAGCAAAGAAUGACCGUUACUUGUUUUUUGAUGCUAUUGCAAAGGACCCAAAGCAUUCAAGCGACAGGAAAGCUCUGAGAGCCCAAUUGGUCAAUAUGUUGCUCGCUGGCAGAGACACAACCGCGUGCCUUCUAAGUUGGGCAUUCUUUCUUCUAGCCCAGCAUCCCCAUGUUCUAGCUAAGCUGAAAGCAGAAAUUACCUCAGUGGUGGGAUCUAGGACAGAGAUCGAUCGACAAGACAUCAACAAAAUGACUUACCUUACAAAGGUUUUGAAAGAAACCCUUCGACUUUAUCCCUCCGUGCCCGUCAACACGCGGACUGCUCGAAGAACAACCUUCCUCCCCACGGGUGGUGGUCCCGACGGGACCUCACCCGUGCUCAUACGUAAAGGCGAGAAUGUAGCAUUCUGUGUGUACUCGAUGCAUCGUCGAAAGGACUUGUAUGGAGAGGAUGCGGAAGAGUUUCGCCCAGAACGCUGGGACGAAGAUUUGCCCGAAUAUACCAAAACAUGGGGAUAUUUACCAUUUAGUGGGGGUCCUCGAAUCUGCCUAGGGCAGGAAUUCGCUCUUGUUGAGGCAUCUUACACUACAGCUCGAAUUCUGCAAGAGUAUUCCGGUAUACACCUAAUAUCCAAAAAGGUCCAACAACGUACGUGGACUGGUUGGUCCACCCAUCAGACGGAAGGAAUUGAAAAGAUCUCCCAGCAGAGGCAGAAGGUGACAUUAGUGCUAUCAUUAGGUGAAGGUUGCAGGGUGUCAUUGACACGCUAG